GAGGUAUUCAAGUUUACAGGCUUUAACUAUUAAGUAGGCCUUGGUACAAGAUAGAAGAUAUCUUUGCAUUUCGAUCAACGUAAGAUCAGUUUAGGUUCGUUAUGGCUACCGGAAGAUUAAUUUUGGUUUCGAGGUUUGUGACCUUCGGCAAGAGAAGUUGGCUAAGUAAGCUUUCUUCAUGUCAAUUUUCAACAUCAAGAAGGGUUGAUAGCCGUAUUCACACCAAGUAUGAAGUUAAAAAUGGAAUUGCUGUAGUCAAGCUGGAUUCCCCAAACUCCAAAGUCAAUACACUAAAUGUUGAAACUAUGACUGAGAUUAAAGAGAUCAUGGAUGUCAUUACUAAAGAUGCAAAUAUCCAUGCAACUGUUUUGAUGUCAGGAAAACCAGGUUGUUUUAUUGCAGGUGCUGAUAUCUCAAUGCUUCAGAAAUGUAAAACAGCAGAAGAAGCUUCCAAGUUAUCGAAAGCUUGCCAAGAUCUGCUGCUGGAGGUGGAACACAGUAAAAAACCUGUUGUGGCUGCCAUAAUGGGUUCCUGUUUAGGUGGAGGGCUUGAGGUUGCUAUGGCAUGUCAUUAUCGUAUUGCUGUUACUGAGAGUAAGACGGUUUUGGGAUUACCUGAGGUACUUUUAGGCCUGCUCCCUGGUGGCGGGGGUACUCAGCUUUUGCAGUUAACAUCCCUUCCAGCUACCCUGGAUAUGAUCCUAACUGGGAAAAGUGUUAAGGCAGACAAAGCUAAAAAGUUGGGUCUAGUUGAUCUGACUGUACAACCAUUGGGCCCAGGAUUGGAUAAACCUGACCAGCAAACUUUGCAGCAUUUAGAAAAAGUGGCUGUUCAGACUGCUGAAAAUUUAGCUUCUGGCACAAUAAAGGCCAAGCGCGAAAAGUCAGUCACCGAUCGCAUCUUGGCAGCAGCAUUAAAAUAUAAUUUUGUCAAGGAUUACAUUUUCAACAAAGCCAAAGCGCAGGUGAUGAAGCAAACCAAUGGAUUAUAUCCAGCACCCCUAAAGAUCUUAGAAGUGUUACGAACAACUGUAGAUAAAGGGUUUGAAGCCGGAUAUGUUGCUGAAAAUCAAGGCUUUGGUCAGUUAGCUGUAACUAAGGAAUCGCGUGGUUUAAUUGGUUUGUUUCAAGGCCAAACUGAAUGCAAAAAGAACAGAUUUGGAAAACCAGAACGUUCGGCAAAGACGAUUGGCGUAAUAGGCGCUGGUUUAAUGGGGGCUGGAAUAGCACAGGUUUCGGUUAAAGGAUUUGAAGUUUUGCUUAAAGAUGCGGCUGCAGGUGGUCUAGCACGUGGGCAAAAUCAGGUGUAUGCUGGUUUAGAAAAAUCUAUGAAGCGAAAAAAAAUCACUAGUUUUGAACGUGAUCGCAUUGCCUCCAAUUUAGUUGGUACGCUAAACUACGAGCCCUUCAAACAUUGUGACAUGGUAAUCGAAGCUGUGUUUGAAGAUUUAUCCCUUAAACAUCGUAUCGUCAAAGAAGUGGAAGCUAUUAUCCCAGAACAUUGCAUAUUUGCUACAAACACGAGUGCUUUACCAAUUACAAAAAUUGCGGAAGCCAGUAAGAGACCCGAAAAGGUCAUAGGCAUGCAUUAUUUUUCUCCAGUCGAUAAAAUGCAAUUGUUGGAAAUCAUCACCAACCCGAAAACUUCACGUGACACGAUUGCUUCAGCUGUAGAUGUUGGGCUACGACAGGGUAAAGUUGUUAUCACAGUAGGCGAUGGUCCAGGUUUUUAUACUUCGCGCGUUCUCUCCUUUAUGAUGGCUGAGGCAUACAGGCUUCUGUUGGAAGGAGUUGAACCACGAAAGCUUGAUAAACUUGGAAAAAGUUUUGGUUUCCCUGUUGGUCCAGUUACGUUGACGGAUGAAGUUGGUAUUGAUGUCGGUGCCCAUAUUGGAGAAUACUUGACUAAAUGUUUUGGUGAGCGUUUUGCGGGAGCAAAUCCGGAAGUUCUUAAUUCAUUAGUCAAGGCUGGAAUUACUGGUCGGAAGUCCGGAAAAGGCUUUUUUGUGUACGAGAAAGGAUUUAAAGGCGAGAAACCAGUUUGCACCGAGGCUCUUGACGUGCUUAAAUAUUCGUUGGUUCCCAAAGGAUUACAAAGCGAUGAGGAUAUUCAAUUUAGGCUAGCUUCGCGAUUCAUUAAUGAGGCGUUGUUGUGCCUAGAAGAAGGGAUUCUCGCUAAUCCGGCGGAAGGUGAUAUUGGAGCCGUUUUUGGCUUGGGCUUCCCUCCAUUUACUGGUGGACCUUUCCGAUUCGUGGAUGAAUUUGGGGCUGACAAACUAGUUACCAUUAUGAGGAAAUUUGAAGCUGCAUAUGGCAAGUGCUUCACGCCUUGCCAGUUGCUACUGGAUCACAGCAAAAGCAACAAGAAGUUUUACGUCCGUGCUUAGAGAGCUACGCUCAGUCUGUUUUUGGGUACAGCCAAAGUCGCGUAUCCAUUAGAUAGACUUGCACAAUCAAUGCAAUUUAGAAAGGGCCAAUUUGGCUGCUUAACAUGGAAGGGAAUGUUUGUUUGUUUUUGAUUUUUUUUUGUAAUUUUUUAAAAAUAGCAAAUGUUGAAUUAAACUUUAUAUUUCAUGGA